UAACACGUUUGUGAAAUAAUGGUCAAUGUUGCUGAAUUAAACAAAAUCCUCUUCAUCGCUAUCGCUCCAUGGAAAAAUAGCGCUUGCCACAGCCCAGAAAAUGAUUCUUAAAACACUGCACCAGGGUCUCACCAAAUUGGGUAUUCUUGACUGAAAGUGGCAUGCAAUCUCUUUGGAGAGGUCAGAGGCUUGCCAUAAAAAAUGUGUGACAUAUGACGUGGACCUUCAGGUAUGGGGACCGUGAGCGUUAUCGUCAUACAAGUUGGGCUCAAGGCGAUUUUUUUGUUACUCGCGGCAGGCUACAUCAGUACACCAGCAGUGGGGAGCACCAAUGCAUGAUAACUUAAUUGUGCGCGCGCCACGCGUUUGCUGUGGUUUCAUGCUCGGUGAGCAGAGGCGUUCUGAGGAAUCGCGUGGGAAUCACCCCCUCCACGAGUUCAAAGCUUCCAAAACACUCGCGCCCACUCACCCCCUUGUUUGUGCCCACUGGAGAGAUGACCGAGGUGAUCAUUAGCAGCACCCCGAUGGAGGACAUGAGGCUCAGCCCCACCAAAGAACGGCUGACUUUCCAGAUCUUCCCGGACCCCUCAGACUUUGAGCGCUGCUGUAAGCUGAAGGACCGGCUGCCCUCCAUCGUGGUGGAGGCGACAGAGGGGGAUGUGGAGAGCGGUGAGCUGCGCUGGCCUCCAGAGGAGUUCCUCAUCCCGCAGGAGCAGGACGACACCGAGCUCGCCGCCGGAACCAUCCAGAAUGGACAGACAGAGCAGAACUCUCAGCACUAGAGAGACACAUACACACACGUAAACACACAAGCGUACAUAUUCAUAUACAUAUACAUACAAAUACACGUUGCACACUUGCUUACAUACGUAAUGACCUGUGGACAACGCCACCCAUGUACACGUAUUCACAUCAGAAGAGUGCAAAUGCAAACACACUUGUGUGUAACAAAGACCUCCUGUGAUUCCUCUGGACUCUGGAUCACUUCUGCAAAACUCCCUUGCCUUCACCAACUUAUAUGCACACCAGCAUCACACAAACUGAUAACUGUAAUUUCCCCUUCUAGUGUGUUUGUCAUCGGAGGUGUGUGUCAAAAAAGGAACAAAAGACUUUUGUUGAUCUCUAGUCCCUGUCCUCCAGCCAGUUAGUGGAAAGACCUCAUUAAUCAUUGGAUCCAAUGAAGAACAUCAGUAACUGUGAUAAGUUAAAGAUUACACUGAGCAGAGUCUGCCACUUAAGGAUUCCAGAGUUAGUAUUUUUUUUUCCACAGUGUGUGUACAUACCGGUCACUAUUUUGUUGAAAUGCCAUCUGAAUCUUACAGUUGUACAUAAGAGGGACACAAA